GCCGGAUAUAGUGAAAGACGGCUACGGUGAAGGCCGGAUAUGGCGAAGGACGGCUAACAUCUGUCUGUUUGAGGAUUGUCAUCUUUCCUGUACGAUGGAAUGGGCGAAUGAAGGCCGGCUAUGGUGAAGGAAGAUGGAAUGGCCGAAUGAAGGCAUGCAGACGGCUAGAUCGAGGAGUGAAGGAGCUGCGGGUGCGGGACAUGAAGUAGGAGGAGGAGGAGGAGGAGGAGGAGGAGGAGGAGGAGAAGUUUCGAAAAGCGCAGGCGGCAGCAGUGUUGACCGGGAUACGGAUCGGUAUCGGAAUCGACACCAAAAUUCAGAUCCCGAUCUGGGUCGCAAACGACGUCGGGAACGACUGGCGCACGCGAGUGACGGAGGGGUGAGCUCGACGAAGGAUGAUGGCCGACGCCAGCUUUCUCCUGUGCAUGGCCACGUUAGCGGUUCGAGGGCGGGAGGAAGGCCAGGUGGUGGUGAGUCAGCCCACCAUGUCUCCGAUCACCGAAGAGCUGGUCGUCGAAUCCCUGCUGCUGUUGAUGUCGAUCGAGCAAGCUCAGUUGUGCUGGCUAUGGCGGCGGGCGAAAGCGGGAAAGAGGAGAAGACGUCUAUGUUCCGUGGUGUUCACGGCUUGUUCGUCGAAGGUGGAGGCGUCCAUGCAAAGCGGAUUCAGAUAUGGAGUCAGAAGAUGCGGCAAUUCGGAGGACACGUGGUGAGCGAGCCGCUGAUCGACAAUCUGCCACGUGUCACUCACGUACUGGCCGCCGACAGUAGUUGUAUCUCUGAUCACGUGGCAAAGAAAUUGGGGACGAAGAUGAGCAAGUCCCUCGUAGAGGACAAGGUCAGCGAGCUUCUCACGUCCGCCAUAGCCGUGAAGUAUGACUGGAUAGAGGACUGCUUGAAGACCGGCGUCCGACUGAAAACGGACGCUUAUCUUCUCCUCGACUGCAAGGGAAACAGCCAAAGUGGAGGCAAGUCCACAAAGCCGACAACAGCCACUGGCUCCUCCCCUCCUUCCCGUCGUCCUAGACAACCACCUGGUCGUUCCGUUUCUCGUCCUCCAUCUUCACCGACAUACCUUCCUUCUUCUCCUCCUUCAUUUUCACCGCCAUACCAUGCUUCUUCUCCUCCUUCAUCUUCACCGACAUACCUUCCUUCUUCUCCUACAUAUCGUCCACCUUCUCCUCCAUCCAUUCCUUCUUCUCCCUGUUUCUCUGAUGAACACCGUCGCCAUGGUGAUGAUGGCGUCGAUGACGAGAGCAAGAAAGAUCGAAGCUCAGGGAGCCUUUCUCCUGCAGUCGGCCAUCGCCAGAGCUCGCCCUCCUCUGGCGUGAAUUACUGGGACGUCAACACUACUGAUCUAGAAGGGAGGGACAAACGACGAAGAAGUCCAGUCGUGGAUGCGGAUGUUCUUGCGUCAUCGCGAUCGCGACUCAGGUUGCCGACCAUCCGUCCGCACACCGGUCCCUCUCCUGGGUUCGCAUCAGGGAUUGGCGUGGAGAAGCCCCGAGGGGAGGAGGUGGGUCGAGCGACGCCAUCGCCAGCUCGAAGCAGAGGAACUAUGAUGGGGGGAGGAGGGGAAAGUGGAGUCGAGAAGGGAGGCGAAGAGGGACACGUGGACGACGGAGAGGAGGUCUCAGGGGAGCUGCAAAGAGGGAGGAGUGGAAACGAUGGUGGCAGCAGGGAGGAGGAGGUAGAAUCGACGCGCAAGCGAGAGUCACUGACAGAUAGCAAGGAAGGAGGAGAGCUGAGGGAAGAAGGGAGAGAGGAGGAGAGGAGGAGAAGAACGAGAAGAGAGGAGAAAAAAGGAGAAGGAAGAUUCCUCUCCUUGAGUUCUGGCAAGGAAAGUAGGUUGAUGUCGAAGAAAGAGAAUGUAGAGGAGGAAGAGGAGGAGGAACGGAGUCGCGAGGAGGGAGGAGGAAAAAGAUCAAGAUCUUUGGUAUCAGGAGAUGGACAGAGAAAGGGGGCCCACGUUGACGAUGACGUGGUCCUCCCACCACUCAGAAAGGACGACGUGCCACGUAUGCGACCGCCUCCUCCCCUUGAGGAGGUCUACGCUCCGCCUCUGUAUAAUCCCCCUGAUUUGAACCGGCAUAUUACACAACCCUUUGCCAAGUUGCGCGACAUCUAUCACGAUGCCCUCGGCGAUGACUAUAGGUACUUCACCUAUUACAAAGUCAUUCACGUCCUGGAGAAGCUGCCGGUCAAGAUAACCUCCGUGGAGCAAGUCAAGGACCUUCCGUCCAUAGGUCCCAGCCUCAAGAGUCAUAUCAAGGAGAUCCUGGCCACAGGGCAAAUUGGGAAGUUAGAGAAUUUUAUGAAGGAUGAAAGAGUGCGAACCCUGGCCUUGCUCGGAUCAGUGUGGGGUGUGGGCCCAGCAACGGCCAAGAAACUUUACGAAAAGGGCUACAGGUCCUUAGCAGACCUAGAGAAAGACCCCUCCCUUACCUCUGCCCAGAGGGUGGGCCUCAAGUUUCAUGAGGACAUUCAAAAGAGGAUCCCUAGGAAAGAGGCACGUGUGAUGGAAGGGAUAGUGCGGCGGGAGGCGCAGGCUCUGCGGCCCGGUAUCUCUGUUCUCUGCGGCGGCUCCUAUCGUCGAGGAAAGGCCACGAUCGGCGACAUGGAUAUGGUAGUCACGCACCCGGAUGGGGAGGGCCACAGGGGGUUACUACCUAAGUUGCUGGAGCGACUCAAAGAGAUAGACUUUGUGACCGAAGAACUGUUGCACGGCGAGCAUAGCGAGGAGGGGUCCGAUCAUGGGGUCGACACCUUCUUCGGCCUCUGCAAGUACCCUGGACGGGAGAGGAGACAUCGCAUCGACUUCAAAAUCUACCCCUUUGACCAAUACCCCUUUGGGUUGAUUGCCUGGACGGGGAACGAGACGCUUAAUCGUCAACUUCGGUUGCUCGCAGAAAAGAAGGGCUAUAGGUUGGACGAUCAUGGCUUGUUCACCGCGGCCAGGGUGCAGGGCCACAGAGUUGCGCAGAGUCCUGUCAGUGUUCCAUGUAGGAGUGAGAAGGAGAUUCCCGGGAAGGCCGUCUCCAUUGCACAUAGGGCUAUGGCAACCCAACCCAUAUCUUGCUUUGAUUGGAGUCCCGACAAGGAGGGGCUUGCAGUGCUAGGUUCCUUCGACCAGACCUUCCGCGUCGCUCUCGUGACCAAGCUACACAAGAUGCAAGCAGGCAGCCAGGCAGGCAGCAAGGCAGGCAAGCAGGCAAGCAGGCAGCCAGGCAGGCAGCAAGGCAGGCAGGCAAACAGGCAGCCAGGCAGGCAAGAAAGCAGGCAGGCAGGCAAGGUAAAGCAGUGCUGCACGCAGCUCUCCUGUAGGCAAGUAGCAAGCAGUGUUGCAGACAGCUCUCCUGUAGGCAGAGUAGCAGGCAGGCAUUUUCAGGCACCCAAGCACGGAAGCAGGCAGGCAGGCAGGCAGGCAGGCAGGCAGGCAGGCAGGCAGGCAGGCAGGCAGGCAGGGCAAGGCAAGGCAAGGCAAAGCAGUGCUGCAGGCAGGCAGGAUGCAAGUCAGAGUUGCAGGCGGUACGCCAGGACAGCAAGCUUGCGGAUUGGCACAGUAACAGCAGGUAGGCAGCGGCAGGCAGGCACCCAGGCAGGGAAACAGGCAUGCAGAUCAGUAUGGCAGGCAAGUGGGAUGCAAGUGAAGCAGGCAGGAAGGAAGGACGACAAGCUCACCAAUGGCCAUAGCAGCAGUCAGGCAGGCACCGACAUCCAGAUGCAAGCAGUGGCGGGCACUGACAUGCAGUGGCAGACGGUUGCAGGCAGGAAGAUUAGCAGGCCCUGAUACGCAGGGAUGACAAACAGGCAGGGGGGAGCAUAUCCAUGUUGAGGCAACCAUAUC